UAGAAACUUAUCCAUAUGUAUUAUUGCAUGUUGCUGAAAAAAAUUAUAGAGAAUACAUGGCACACAUGCAAUGGGAAAAUGAAACAUCCAUCACCAAGUUCAUCCUUCUGGGAUUUGGGAACCUGAACGAAGUUCAAAUUCUGCUUUUUGUGCUGUUUCUGGUGAUCUACAUUCUGACCAUGGCUGGGAACCUCCUCAUGGUUGCGCUAGUUGUGUAUGACCAGCACCUUCACACCCCCAUGUACUUCUUCCUGGGGAACUUGUCUUUCCUGGAGACCUGCUACACCUCAGUCAUUUCCCCCAGGUUGCUGGCUGGGUUCCUGGUAGAGGAUAGGACAAUCUCCUUCAGGGACUGUAUCACACAGUUAUUUUUCUUCGGUGCUUUGGCUUCCAUAGAGUGCUUCCUUCUUGCAGUCAUGGCUUAUGACCGUUAUUUAGCCAUAUGCAAUCCACUCAGCUAUAAGGUUAUGAUGAACUUCAGGUUCUGCCUUCAGUUGGUAUUUGCCUCCUGGAUAACUGGUUUCUCAGGCUCGGCUUUAGUAGUGGGGAUGGUGCCCCAGCUAAACUUCUGUGGCCCCAAUGAAAUUAAUAAUUUCUUCUGUGACAUGGCAGAGCUGCUCAAAUUAUCCUGUGCAAGAAGCCCCCUGGUGGAAAUGGUCAUUCUGGUCUCCUGCUCCCUGACAGCCCUGAUCCCUUUCCUCUUCAUAAUUGUGUCUUACAUUCUUAUCCUCUCGGCCAUCUGGCAAAUCGCCUCCUCCGCUGGGAGGCAGAAGGCCUUUUCCACCUGCACCUCUCACCUGCUGGUGGUGAGUCUGUAUUACGGGACCCUCAUUAUCAUGUACAUGGCACCAUCGGCAGAACAGUCUCCAGGCUUCCAUAAAACUCUGUCACUUAUGUACACAGCCAUCACCCCGAUGUUCAACCCCAUCAUCUACAGUCUGAGGAACCAAGAGGUGAAGGGGGCCUUCGGGAAAGUCGUGAUGCAGAAUUUAGGCAUGAUUUAG